CUGAUAGCUGGCUGCAGGUACAGUUCAAAGAAGCCUUUUCUUUUUCUCAAAAUAUUAUCAGAAUGAAAACAAUGAAAAAGGAUGGAUGUAGGUCUGAUUAUCUAGAGUUAGUGGAAUUGACAACAAUGGUUUUAUCUGGUGAUGAACAGUACAGGCUAAGAAAACCUGGGCCUGUACACCAUGCCAGAUUUAUGGCAAAGGGAAUAUACUUUCUGAAAAUGUAUCUCCUUCUAAACAACAUUUCUAGCUUGACAGAUUUUGAAAAGAAAGAAAUAAAUGAUAUGGCAUUCUUCACAGCUGUAUUUUACACUGAGUGGUUUAUAAAGGCUGAAAUUCCGGCUGUCGCUCCAUAUCAGGUGACAUUUCUAUGUUUUAAAAGUUUUUAAUCAUUUUGCUUUUUAUUACUUUUUUUUCUUUGAAAAUUUUGUGUAAUAUUUCAUAG